ACGCAAGAUCCGUUCGUUCAUUUCCCGAAAGGGUAAUAUAAGCUUCGAUGUUAAGUCGCGCGACUUCAUUUAGUUUAAAGAUACGGUCAAGGUAACAUCAUACUCUGUUUAUCAAAAUAUCGCUAUUUACACAGCAUUCAAAUUAUCGUGCCAGCUUUGUUUAGUAUCAAUCGAAGUCGAAGCCAGCAUAAAGUGAGAGUGAAGAAAUUAAAUAACGAAUAUGGCGCGUCAACCUCCAAAAUACGAAGUUCUACCCGAGGAGAAGACAAAAGAGAUGCUAAAAUUAUUUAAGGGAGAGAGAACUGGUUGGGUGCAAGUAGGCUCGCAAAAAUGGUUUUUCCCUUACCGGUAUACGGAACAAGGUGCCGGAUUCUAUAAUUUUGAAGCCAGGCCAGAUGACACUUGGAUAGUAACUUAUCCGAGAUCUGGCACUACAUGGACGCAAGAGCUGGUCUGGCUACUGUCAAACAAUUUGGAUUUUGAAACAGCGGGAAAGCAAUAUCUUACUGAGAGAUUUCCUUUUCUCGAAUUCAGUAUGCUCCAUCAUCCUGAACUGACAAAAGAGUUGUUAGAAAUGAACAAAGAUAACACGGCGAAAGAAUACUGCCUGGAAUUAGCCAAACCCGGUUACGAGGUCGUCGCGUCAAUGCCGUCGCCCAGAUUCAUCAAAACUCACUUUCCAUUCAGCUUGCUUCCAGGAAUCUUGGAUGUCGGUUGUAAGAUUAUCUACGUAGCUCGCAAUCCGAAGGACGUUGCAGUCUCGUGGUAUCAUUUGCACUUGACGAUCACGAUUCAAGAAUUUCUCGGCGAUUUCACUACCUUUUGGGAUUACUUCGAGAAUGACCUUACGUUCUGGAGCCCUUAUUGGACACAUUUGAAGGAAGCCUGGGCCCUGAAGGAUCAUCCGAAUGUUCUAUUUUUGUUUUACGAAGAGAUGCAACAUGAUUUCCUGAAAACAAUCAAGAAAGUUGCAAAAUUUUUGAACAAAACAUAUACCGAUGAACAGUUAAGCAAGCUGGUAGAUUACUUGGAUAUUAAAAACUUCCGCGACAAUAAGAUGGUCAACAAUGUCGAUCUGAAGAAUAUAGGCGUUAUGAAGAUUGGGGAUUUUAUCAGGAAAGGUCGCAGUGGUGAAUGGAAGGAAGUCUUUACUCCUGAGAUUGCUGCUAGAGCAGACAAAUGGAUCGAAACGAAUCUGAAGGAUACGGAUUUGCGUUUUCCGGUUUUCAACCAUGAUAUAUAAAUUAAAAUAAUUAAUUAAAAUUAAAAUUAAUAUAAAUAAUUAUAAUCGACAAUUAAGUGAAAAGUAAUAUCGGUAAAAUCUCUAUAAAAGAUACCGACAUUCAGCAAAGAUCGAUCGUUGGAUUCAUCUUUGAUACGUCAAAUGAAAGAAAGGCGUAAAUGAAAUCUUUUCCUAAUCUGAAAAAUAAAAAUGAUACGAUAAUAAUUUGU